CUUCCUUUGAUCCCAACCGACGUCGUCGACACUUCACGAGGUAUGUACAACCUGUUGCCUCUCCCUGUUCUGCAGCUUCUCAGCUAGUCUGGGAGAGCAAUCACCCGGAUUUUUUGGUGUUUUUUUUACUUGCAGGUGUAGCAACCGACAGCAAUGAAGACAACCAGAAAGGCCGGCGUGAUACGCUUCUCCUCAUACGGCCCGGGCUGAAGAACCCUUCAUGGACUGCAUCAGGGGCACUCUUUGCGCUCGAGGACUACUGGUGGCUGACUAUUGGACUCCGGCAAAUCCUCCUCGCGCCUGAAACGGCGCCGAGAGGAUUCUAGGUUGGAGUUAUCUUCGAUUCAGAUACCUCAUUUCCCCUCGUAUUCCCUCGAUUUGAGAAUCUCGCUCUUCCACCGUCAAAAUGGUCAAGACUUCCGUCCUCAACGAUGCGCUUAACGCCAUCAACAACGCCGAGAAGGCCGGUCGCCGUCAGGUUCUGAUCCGCCCCUCCUCCAAGGUCAUCAUCAAGUUCCUCUCCGUCAUGCAGAAGCACGGCUACAUUGGCGAGUUCGAGGAGGUCGAUGACCACCGUUCCGGCAAGAUCGUUAUCCAGCUUAACGGUCGCCUCAACAAGACCGGUGUCAUCAACCCCCGCUACCCCGUCCAGCUCCGUGACCUCGAGAAGUGGACUACCCAGCUCCUCCCCUCCCGAGGCUCGUCGCAAGCACGUUGCUGGCAAGCUCCUCGGUUUCUUCUACUAAAAAGUUUCAUCUGGCGAUGUCCUGAAAUGAUUGGAAUAUGUCUUGUUAUGAUGUGGACGAGGGAUGUGCUCUCUGUUGCUUGUCUUGGCGGAGAGUUUUCGGAAUCGAUACCCCCGGCAGAAACGCCAUAGAUAGUUUAUUGAUUUAGAGUGAUCUCGUCCAACCAAACAAGGAUUCUUUCCGUCG